AAGUUAAUCAUUGGCGUCGUUAGUUCAUUUUCGUUCGUAAUCAUCAGUGUUAAUUAUAAUUACUUUUUACUCGUUGUUUGUGAGGUUUGAUCGUUCAUUUCUCAACAAUUUCAAUCAAUUGUUGUUGAUUGAAACUCAAAACAAACAGUUAACUGUUUAUUUAUUUUCAUCUUCGGUGUUGAUUCUGUUAAUCAUUGUGAAAUUUUCAACAAUUUAAACCAUUGGAUUUUUUUCUUACCAUUCAAAUUAUGUACAAAAUAAAUUGUAUUCUUCUUCUAUUAAUCAUCUCACUUCUAUCUUACAAUGUGGCCUCACCAACUCAUAAACCAAGUAAACAAUUGGAACAACAAUCAUCAUCAUCAUCAUCUACAAAUCAAAAUACAAAUUCAUUCAGACCGAUAAAUGGAGAUAAUCAUGGAGGCGAAAAAAAGACAAACAAGGAAAAUGUCGAUGAAAAUGGUAAACCACAAGGAGAAGGAUUCGCCAAGGGUCAAGUAUUUGAAUAUUCUUAUUCAACCUUCCAUCAAGAUCCACAAUCGGCUGAUAUUUUAUCUCCAAUGAGUGAUGAUAAACAAGAGACCAUUUUGACCACUAAUGGUUCGGAUAAUUUUGCCGAUCAUGAGGUUGCCCGUCAAACUUUACCAAGAUUUUUCUCUUAUCCAUCAACCGGAGGAUUAAAUGAUAAUUCAACUGAUCCAUCAGCAAGUAUUAAACAAUUUGAGGAAGCAUUUAAAGUGGAAUCAACUGGAACCAGUGAGAAUCCAAUUGUAGCCAAUUUUCAGCCCGCUCUUGGUGAAGUUGCCGCUGCCGCUUCGUAUUUCAGUUAUGCUCCACCAUCGGUUCCCUCUUUCAUGAAAAUGGGUUUCAGUGAAAGUGAUAUUGACGAUGGUGAUAUGGAUGAUGAAUCUCUUGACGGUAGUGAUCUUGAUUUUAAAUCGAGUAAUAGUCCAAAAAAAUUGGAACGAUCAUCUGAAUACAAGGAUAAAGAUGGUGAAAAUGGCGGAGAGGAAGAUCCAAAGGUGAAAAUGGUUCAAGUAUUAAUGGGAAGGAAAAAUGAGAAAGGUAAACCUUGGGGAACCAAAACUACUCUUGUUUACCGAGAUCCUAAAGAUGCAAAUAAUUACAUGCAAGUGACCGAGGUCAAGAUGAGCGUUAAGAGUAAAAAAGAUGGACCCGAAUCGAGCGGAGAUGAAAUGUCCAAAGAGAGUAAGAGCAGUUUCCAUGGGUCAAGUUACGCAAGUCAACCCACACUUGGAGGUUAUGGUGGAGACUUUUUCGAGCCAAAUGAACCACCGGAACCAACUUUCUAAUAAAUUUUCGCAUCUCACAAUUAAUUAAAAAUCUUUCAUAUACUUUUCGAUAGACAAUCAAAUGUUUAUAAAUAUAAUACAAAACUUUUCAAAUGUUAGAUCAAAAUUUUCCAGAAAGUGAUUAACAUGUGACAAAUGUCAAUGCAAGGUAAUUGUUUUUUUGUUUCAUAAGGAAUCACGAUCACGAUCACAAUUUAAAUAUUUCUCUCAUGAUUGAAACGUUUUUCCAUCGAGUGAAAAAAUUUUGAUCUAAAAUAAAAUAAUAAUAAACUUGACAAUUUGAUGAGAAAUUCAAGUUUUAAUGAGCCAAAGGCAAUUGUCUAUCAAUCGGUUGACAUGUUGGUUUCAUCAUCUUGUGAAUUGUCAUCGUUAACAUCA